CUUCCGCCCUGUGCGGUCCACACUCUGUAGGAUCCCGGUAGAUUGUGCUGAGCGGGAAGAUGCAGGAGGGAGACAUUGUUACAUGAUCUGACAGCAGCAGGAGAGGGGGGAGCCGCCUGAGGUGUCCUGUCAUUAUAUAAGGAUUAUACACUAGUGAAGAAGAUACUUCCAAGCUGUGCCUCCAUCGCGGUGCCUCCACCUCACUCACUGAUACAUGAGAGGCACAAUGACCAUAAGAUCCUGGAACUCACCAACAAGAUCAUUCAGCUGCUGACUGAAGAGGCGACUGCUGGGAAUGGGACAUUAUACAGUAACACCAGGGGACGUGUCUGGGUGAUGACUGGAGAGGAGGGGGAGUAUAUAGAGGAACACAGGGGUCUGUACAAGGACGUGAUGAUGGAGAAUCACCGGCCCCUCACAUCACUGGGUAAGAGGAGACGGUCAUGUAUUGUACAGUGGAAAGCAGAUGGGCCCAGUAACAGAGAUACCCCAGAGAGAUGUCCCCGUCCUCUGUAUUCCCAGGACUGUACAGAGGAGAAUCACAGGAUCUCACAGGAGGAACAGGCAGAAGAUACAGAGGGAGAAAAAGAGACGUAUGUGACUGAUAUGAAGGCAGAAGAUAUAGAGGGAGAAGAAGAGACGUAUGUGACUGAUAUGAAGGCAGAAGUUAUAGAGGGAGAAGAAGAGACAUAUGUGACUGAUAUGAAGGCAGAAGAUAUAGAGGGAGAAGAAGAGACAUAUGUGACUGAUAUGAAGGCAGAAGAUAUAGAGGGAGAAGAUGAGACGUAUUUGAGGGGUGAUCAGCUGUGUAAGGAGGAGGAAAUCCCUACAGAUAUCAGUACAGGAGAUGGAGGCACAAGUAGAAAGAUCUUGGAGGGAGAUCUCAUUUUGUCUCCAGAUAUUAAAAGACAAGAUAACAUCACACAGGACUCUCCGGGGGACAUCUCCAGUACUCUAAAUAUACAUCCUGUACCUCUCAGUGCUCAUCUAUCAUCUGAUCUCUCUCAUCAUGGGAAAUGUUCUCCUGAUAACUCCAAUAUUGUUACACAUAGUGCUGCUCUUACAGGUGAAUCAGUUUUUACAUGUAUUGAUUGUGGUAAAAGUUUUGUACAUCAGUCAAUGUUUCUUAUACAUCAGAGAAGUCACACAGGUGAGAAACCGUUUCCAUGCUCUGAGUGUGGGAAAUGUUUUUCUCUGAAAUCAAAUCUUGUUAAACAUGAGAGAAAUCACACAGGUGAGAAGCCAUUUCUAUGUUCUGAGUGUGGAAAAUGUUUUAGACAGAAAUCAUAUCUUGUUACACAUCAGAGAAGUCACACAGGUGAGAAACCAUUUCCAUGUCCUGAGUGUGGGAAAUGUUUUAUACAGAAAUCGUAUCUUGUUACACAUCAGAGAAGUCACACAGGCGAGAAACCAUUUCCAUGUCCUGAGUGUGGGAAAUGUUUUACACAGAAAUCAUAUCUUGUUACACAUCAGAGAAGUCACACAGGCGAGAAACCAUUUCCAUGCCCUGAGUGUGGGAAAUGUUUUACACAGAAAUCAUAUCUUGUUACACAUCAGAGAAGUCACACAGGCGAGAAACCAUUUCCAUGUCCUGAGUGUGGGAAAUGUUUUACACAGAAAUCACAUAUUCUAAUACAUGAGAGAAGUCACACAGGUGAGAGGCCAUUUCCAUGUCCUGAGUGUGGGAAAUGUUUUAUAUGGAAAUCAGCUCUUGUUACACAUCAGAGAAGUCACACAGGUGAGAAACCAUUUCUAUGCUCUGAGUGUGGAAAAUGUUUUUCUCUGAAAUCAGAUCUUGUUAGACAUCAGAGAAGUCACACAGGUGAGAAGCCAUUUCCAUGUCUUGAGUGUGGAAAAUGUUUUUCUCUGAAAUCAGAUCUUGUUAGACAUCAGAGAAGCCACACAGGUGAGAAGCCAUUUCCAUGUCCUGAGUGUGGGAAGCAUUUUACAUGCAAAUCACAUCUUCAAAUACAUGAGAGAAGUCACACAGGUGAGAGACCGUUUCCUUGUCCUGAGUGUGGGAAGCAUUUUACAUGCAAAUCACAUCUUAUUACACAUCAGAGAAGUCACAUAGGUGAGAAGACAUAUCCGUGUCCUGAGUGUGGAAAGAGUUUUACAAAGAAAUCAAAUCUUGUUAGUCAUGAGAGAAGUCACAAAAGUGUGUAACCAUUUCCAUGUGCUGUGGCUCUGAUUCAGGUUUGUGUGCAAACUUAACGGUUUGCAUAUGAGUCUCCGUCAUUGGAUACAGACUUCCUGGACCCUGCUGUCUGGACCCGAUGGCCAGUCUGAGUAAGCUUCGGUUUGUGCAGACUGACCAAGGUCUGUUACCAUCAUGAGUUGGUAUGAUUUUCCAAUGCGAUGUACUCAGAUGCGGCCCGCCAGUCUCCUGCUGCAUUUACAUUUAAUUUGUACGGUAUUGCACUGCGUCUGCGCAAUUCCUUACAGAUCGACAUCAGGCCCUGAGUGCACAAAAUACUUUACACUAAAAUAUCUUGUUACACGUCACAAAAUCCACAUAAGGAGAAAGGAUUGGCAUGUUGGGAUGUCUGGGUGGUAUAAGUUCAUGUCUGAGAGGAUGUUCUUAGAGCUGCAUGGCAUUUGUGGAGCUUUUAUAUACUUGUAAGAUCUUGAGGAGUGUUUUAUAGCAUUUGGGGCAAUAUGGGGGUGAAUGAGAUGGGGUUGCCUGGGAUGUGUUUUUUUCAUUUUGGAAAUAAAGGCCUAUGUGCAUUCCUUAUGGAUAUCAGGGCUGCACUUGCUUUUAGCUGGAUGCCUAUCACAGAGUUAGUGAAUGUAGAAAGUCAAUUCUAAAAAUUAAGUCAUAGUAAAGUGUAGGUAAAGCAUACACCUAUCAAACAUACCAUUAUAACCACCUGUAAUAUCUCCCUGUUGUGCCGCCAUAGCUUCUCUGACACAUCCACAAGACCUCUGAAGGUAUCCUGUGGUAUCUGGCACCAAGAUGUUAGCAUCAGAUACUUUUAAGUCCUGCAAGUUGUGAGGUGGGGCCUCCUCAGACUUGUUUCUUCAGCACGUCCCACCUAAAGCUCAAUCAGAUUAAGAUCUGGGGAAUUUGGAGGCAGGUCACCACUUUGAACUUUUGUCAUGUUCCUCAAACUUUCUGAACAAGUUUUGCAGUAUGGCAUGGUGCAUUAUCCUGCUCAGAGGCCAGUGCCGUCAGAGAAUACCAUUGCCAUGAAGAGGUGCUACAAUGUUUAGGUAGGUGAUGAGUAUCAGAGUAACAUCCUCAUGAAUGGCGCUAGAUCCAAGCUUUCCCAGCGUUCUGAUGCCUCCACUGGUAAACGAUGCACACGCACCAGGAUGUCCACAUGAUCUAAAAGAAACUGAUGUAUCCAACACUCAUAGGCUCAUUGUAGGAGUUAUAGCUGCUGAGCAGGUGUCAGCAUCAUCACUCAGGUCGGUCUGCAAUGCACUGUAAGUGAUUUUAUAGCCAACAUUAACUUUCUUCAGGGUCCAUGGUCUCCACAGGGUUAACCUUGGGAUAUGGUUGGUUGAGACCAGGCACAGAAUAGCAAAGCUUGAGCCUCCCAGGAUGCACUGGGUCCCUCUCCCGUCAUACCUGGUCCACAGCUCAGGCUCCUCCCUCAUACCUGGCCCACAGCUCAGGCUCCUCCCUCAUACCUGGCCCACAGCUCAGGCUCUUCCCUCAUACCUGGCCCACAGCUCAGGCUCUAACCUCAUACCUGGCCCACAGCUCAGGCUCUUCAGUUUUUGCUUGGUGCCAGCAGGAGCUGGUCUCCAGCGAACAGUGGUGCUGCAUGAUGCAGCCCAAGCUUUGAAAAUUUUAUUUUUUACUAAGCAAGCAGCACUAGGCAGUCUAUGGGAUGCCAGCACUGCUGUUCCAUCAACCCAACUGGCGCCGCGAUACCAGCCAUGGCUUGGUGAUUUCAGCAGGACCCUGGCACCUUCCGCUAAGAGACACACCCCGGACUGCAUUCUGAAUCAUGAGGGGCAAAGUAAGGUGAGUUCCCGCUUGCGGACCUGCUAUUGAGCAGUUUCUAUUACAGUAGCGUUUCUGUAUGAUGGGUACAGCUGGCCUGGUUUCGCUCUCCACGCACAUCAGUGAUCCUUGGGUGCCAGUGACUCUCACUGAUUGUCCUUCCUUGCACCACUUCCUAUGGGUACUAACCACUGCAUACCAGGAGCACCCCAAAAGUCCUGCUGUUCUGGAGAUGCUCUGACCCAGCUGUCCAGCCAUCACAAUGUGGCCCUUGUCCGUGUUUCUCAUGUCCUUACGCUGCCCAUUUUUCCUGCUUCCAACAAAUCAUCUUCCGGUAUGGAGUGUUCUUGUACUACCUAAUAUAUCUUGGGUUACUACAAUGAUAUAAGCUGAAUUUGGGGAGCGGGGAUAUUAGUGUGGCACAUAAUGAGAGAAUGAUGAAGGAACACUGUAAGAGGAGGGCAGUAUAGAAGCAGUGACAGAUGUGAUUAUAUACUGCACCCAUAUGAUAUAUACACAUAUGGAGUUGCUAUGGCAUGUCUGAUGAGGGUAAAAUGUACUAUUAGAGAAUAGGAUUAUACACAUCACACAAUGACCUCCUGUGACUGGGAAAGAGCAAUGACUGCACUGACCAUGGGGAAAUAAUGUGACUGGUGAGAUAAUGGGAACAGAGACUGGAAGAGGGAAAGUGUUUGUUACUCAGCGCUGUAAUUGGUAUUUGCCUCCACAUUGUUUCAUUUUUGCAGCUGAUAUGUAUUUGAUUGAAUUCCUUGGUUGAUUGGGUCACUCAUUAUGAAAUACUGGGAAUACAACAGGAAAUGUUUCCUGAGGAAUGUGCAUGUCUGCACUGAAACGCGUCACCUUCCCUUGAGUUUCCCACAUUAUUGCAGCAAUUGUUUUAUUCUGUACAAACCUCUUCCUAUAAUAUCAGGAUCUAUCAUCACCAGCUUCAGCGUCACUGAGUAACCUUCCCAGAGCAAUAGCUGUGUAUAACACCUAAUCCAGCCGCCUAUGCUACCGGUGUACAUGUAAUACAGACGCAGCGUCACUGAGUAUCCUGCACCAGAGUAAUAGCUGUGUAUAACACCUAAUCCAGCCGUCUCUGUUACCGGUGUACAUGUAAUACAGACGCAGCGUCACUGAGUAACCUGCACCAGAGUAAUAGCUGUGUAUAACCCCUAAUCCAGCCGUCUCUGCUACCGAUGUACAUGUAAUACAGACGCAGCGUCACUGAGUAACCUGCACCAGAGUAAUAGCUGUGUAUAACACCUAAUCCAGCCGUCUCUGUUACCGGUGUACAUGUAAUACAGACGCAGCAUCACUGAGUAACCUGCACCAGAAUAAUAGCUGUGUAUAACACCUAAUCCAGCCGUCUCUGCUACCGGUGUACAUGUAAUACAGACGCAGCGUCACUGAGUAACCUGCACCAGAGUAAUAGCUGUGUAUAACCCCUAAUCCAGCCGUCUCUGCUACCGGUGUACAUGUAAUACAGACGCAGCGUCACUGAGUAACCUGCACCAGAGUAAUAGCUGUGUAUAGCACCUAAUCCAGCCGUCUCUGCUACCGGUGUACAUGUAAUACAGACGCAGCAUCCCUGAGUAACCUGCACCAGAGUAAUAGCUGUGUAUAACACCUAAUCCAGCUAUCUCUGCUACCGGUGUACAUGUAAUACAGACGCAGCGUCACUGAGUAACCUGCACCAGAGUAAUAUCUGUGUAUAACACCUAAUCCCAGCCGUCUCUGCUACCGGUGUACAUGUAAUACAGACGCAGCGUCACUGAGUAACCUGCACCAGAGUAAUAGCUGUGUAUAACCCCUAAUCCAGCCGUCUCUGCUACCGAUGUACAUGUAAUACAGACGCAGCGUCACUGAGUAACCUGCACCAGAGUAAUAGCUGUGUAUAACCCCUAAUCCAGCCGUGUCUGUUACCGGUGUACAUGUAAUACAGACUCAGCGUCACUGAGUAACCUGCACCAGAGUAAUAUCUGUGUAUAACACCUAAUCCAGCCGUCUCUGCUACCGGUGUACAUGUAAUACAGACGCAGCGUCACUGAGUAACCUGCACCAGAGUAAUAGCUGUGUAUAACCCCUAAUCCAGCCGUCUCUGUUACCGGUGUACAUGUAAUACAGACGCAGCGUCACUGAGUAACCUGCACCAGAGUAAUAGCUGUGUAUAACCCCUAAUCCAGCCGUCUCUGCUACCGGUGUACAUGUAAUACAGACGCAGCAUCACUGAGUAACCUGCACCAGAGUAAUAGCUGUGUAUAACAUCUAAUCCAGCCGUCUCUGCUACCGGUGUACAUGUAAUACAGACGCAGCGUCACUGAGUAACCUGCACCAGAGUAAUAUCUGUGUAUAACACCUAAUCCAGCCGUCUCUGCUACCAGUGUACAUGUAAUACAGACGCAGCAUCACUGAGUAACCUGCACCAGAGUAAUAGCUGUGUAUAACACCUAAUCCAGCCGUCUCUGCUACCGGUGUACAUGUAAUACAGAUGCAGCAUCACUGAGUAACCUGCUCCAGAGUGAUAGCUGUGUAUAACACCUAAUCCAGCCAUCUCUGCUACCAGUGUACAUGUAAUACAGACGCAGCAUCACUGAGUAACCUGCACCAGAGUAAUAGCUGUGUAUAACACCUAAUCCAGCCGUCUCUGCUACCAGUGUACAUGUAAUACAGACGCAGCAUCACUGAGUAACCUGCACCAGAAUAGCAGCUGUGUAUAACACCUAAUCCAGCUGUCUCUGCUACCGGUGUACAUGUAAUACAGACGCAGCGUCACUGAGUAACCUGCACCAGAGUAACAGCUGUGUAUAACACCUAAUCCAGCCGUCUCUGUUACCGGUGUACAUGUAAUACAGACGCAGUAUCACUGAGUAACCUGCACCAGAAUAGCAGCUGUGUAUAACACCUAAUCCAGCUGUCUCUGCUACCGGUGUACAUGUAAUACAGACGCAGCGUCACUGAGUAACCUGCACCAGAGUAAUAACUGUGUAUAACACCUAAUCCAGCUGUCUCUGCUACCGGUGUACAUGUAAUACAGACGCAGCGUCACUGAGUAACCUGCACCAGAGUAAUAACUGUGUAUAACACCUAAUCCAGCUGUCUCUGCUACCGGUGUACAUGUAAUACAGACGCAGUGUCACAGUGAGACUAUCUGCACAUUACAUUAGAGGAACAGUCACAUGUUCUGUAUGACAGCAUCAGAGCUGUCUCUCUCCAUAUGAUCCGGCAGUGUACCCCAGAUACCAUGAUGUCAUCCCAUUACGUAAGAGCCCCCCGAUGUUAUGUGUCUCCUGGACCCUCUUACCUGCUUAUAGCUGUGAUCAGUUGCUGAAGAUUUGUUAUUAUAAUGAAUAUGUAAAGUUGUUUCAUGUAAUAAAAUGAUGGUAAAGGAUCUGUGAGUGAGUGUAUGUCAUUGGUGCUCAGCCAUCACUAUGUGUAUUUAGGGAAACACUGACCAAUCACCGCACCCAGCGCCUGGACAACCGAUGUGGUUAUAAUAUAUAAGUACUAUUCCACAAGUUACAUAAACAUUAAUAUAUAGAAGCAGAGUACAAGGAAUAAUACAAGUAUUUAAAAUGU